AGGAGCUUCAUAUCGUAGCUGAAGGAAUCAAAGGUCAAAACUUUUUGUUGUAUCUUUACGGAAUCGUUUUUCUGUGAGUACCCAAUUCAGAGUAUUUUGUGUCAGAAAUGACGAUGAAUUCAAGUCGCCAUUUUUGCCCGACAACGACGACGACUACUUCGGCGAAGUUUUUAGAUUCGUUGGGAAGUUCCUUCUGCAAGUUCCAUGGGAAAAGUUCAUCAAUUUCACUCAGGUCCUAUAAAUUCGGUUUCUCUCCUAUGAAAAAGGUUAAACGAUUAUCUUGUGAAGGUGGUAGUAGUAGUAGCAGUAGGAAUGAGAAUUGGAAUAGAAACCAGAGGCAGAAUCAAUUUAGACCUUCAAAGGUAGUGUUAAAUCGUCGAAAAGAAGAGAGGUAUUCGGAUUCAGGGGUUAUUAGUGGUGAGAACAGUAGUCAAAUUAGUGAUAUUGGUGGUGGUGGAAGUACAAUGGAGAAGAUUGUUGAGAAGUUGAAAAAGUAUGGAUUUGUGGAUGAUGAUCAGUUUCAGGAUAAGGAAGUUGAACAAGAGAGAAGGAUUGAGGAAAGGGCGGUGGAGGAUCGAUUCUAUGUUAAAGAAGGAAGAGGUGGAUUCUCGGAGGAAUCACCAUUUGGUGUGUUUGGAGGGAAUGAUGAAGUUAAGUUUCCUUGGGAGAAGGUGAGUUCUAUGGAGAAGAAGGAGUUAGUAAAUGGAGAGUGGACAGCGAAGAAGGAGAGUAGAUACUCGUUGGCAGAGAGGACUCUUUCGGAAUCUGAGCUGAAUCGGUUGAGGAAUGUGAUGUUUCGAACAAAGAGUAAGAUGAGAGUUACGGGUGCAGGUGUUACUCAGGCUGUGGUAGAUGCAAUUCAGGAGAAGUGGAAGAGCUCAGAGAUUGUGAGACUUAAGAUUGAAGGAGCAAGUGCGCUCAACAUGAGAAGGAUGCAUGAGAUAUUAGAGAGAAAAACUGGUGGUUUGGUGAUUUGGAGGUCAGGGACUUCCAUCGCCUUGUACAAUUACAAAGGUGUCAGCAACAGGAAUGGAUCAGGGCACAUGAACAAGCAAAUAUACCGAAGAGCAGAGACAUUGCCAUCUUCCUUACCUACAAGUACAAGUACAGUGGAUCAAAGUGUUCAACUAGUGCAUCUUCCUCAGCUAGAGAAGGAGCCAACGGUUGUGGGAAAUAAAGACAGGACAUCUCCACAAGAAGUAGAAUAUGAAGAUGAAAUAAAUGAACUGUUAGAGGGUCUUGGUCCUCGGUACACGGACUGGCAGGGAGGUUAUCCGUUACCUGUUGAUGCUGAUUUGCUUCCAGGGAUCGUUCCUGGUUACGAACCCCCUUUUAGGGUACUUCCUUAUGGAGUGAGAUCAACUCUGGGAACAAAGGAGGCAACCUCUUUAAGAAGAAUUGCCACAGUUCUUCCUCCACACUUUGCUUUAGGUCGAAGUAGACAGCUACAAGGGUUGGCAACAGCCAUGGUUAAGUUAUGGCAAAAGAGUUUGAUUGCCAAGGUUGCCCUUAAACGUGGUGUACAACUGACUACCAGUGAGAGAAUGGCUGAGGACAUCAAGAGAUUGACGGGAGGUAUGCUUCUCUCGAGGAACAAGGACUUCUUGGUUUUCUACAGAGGGAAGAGUUUUUUGUCACCAGAAGUAGCUGAAGCAUUAAUGGAGAAGGAGAGGCUUGUAAGGACUUUGCAAGACGAAGAGGAGCAAGCACGUCUAAGAGCAUCAUCGGCUCUGGUUGUCCCAAGUAUAAAAGCUAAUCAAAACCUUGCAAGAACUUCGCAAGACGAAGAGGAACAGGCACGUCCAUCGGCUCUUGUUGUCCCAAGUACUAAAGCUAAUCAAAAUCUUGUUUCUGCUGGUACUCUUGGAGAAACUCUUGAUGCAACUGGUAAGUGGGGAAAGAAUCUGGAUAACGAUGAUCAUGUGGAGGAAAUGAAACAAGAGGUUGAGAAAGUGAGAUCUGCAAAACUUGUCAGGAAGUUGGAAAGGAAACUUGCUUUUGCUGAGAAGAAGCUGCUGAAAGCUGAACGGGCUUUAGCUAAGGUGGAGGAAUCUCUGAAGCCAGCAGAGCAGAGAACAGACCUUGAGGGCAUAACUGAGGAAGAGAGAUUUAUGUUCCAAAAGCUCGGAUUGAAGAUGAAAGCUUUCUUACUUCUUGGUCGAAGGGGGGUAUUUGAUGGUACUGUAGAGAACAUGCACUUGCACUGGAAAUAUCGGGAGCUGAUCAAGAUUCUUGUAAAGGCUAAAAGUUUAGAGGGUGCGAAGAAAGUGGCAAUGGCCCUUGAAGCCGAGAGUGGAGGUAUCCUGGUUUCUGUUGACAAAAUUUCCAAAGGCUAUGCCGUAAUCGUGUAUAGAGGAAAAGACUAUAAGCGUCCUACCACGUUGAGGCCUAAAAACCUCUUGACAAAGAGGAAAGCUUUGGCACGUUCUCUUGAGCUCCAAAAACGCGAGGCUCUUAUUAAACACAUUGAAGCGGUACAGACUAGAUCAGAGCAGCUGAGAGCUGAAAUUGAACAAGUGGAACUUGUAAAAGACAAGGGAGAUGAAGCGUUAUACGACAAGCUUGACAUGGCUUAUUCUUCUGAUGAGGAGAUUGAAGAAACAGAUGGAGAGGAAGAUGACAUGUAUUUAGAUACAUACGAAGACGAGGGAGAAGAUGGUGAAGAAGGUGAGAUUCAGGCCAAGGGUUCACUAUCUGAAACAGAUGUUGGAUUUGGUUCUGAUGAUGAACUCUGGGAUUCAGACGAAUCAGACAGAGAGUUUGGCGAUGAUUCUGCAUCCUCCAUAACACCAGAAACAACCUUUGUAGAUCUGCAGAACGAGGAACUUCAUGUGCAACCAUAGUGGUAAUAAAGAACGGCUGGUGUGCACUGUGCAGUGAAUUGAUGCAGGGGAUAAGUUUUGACAUCUUGUUCUUGGUUGAUCAAUGCAAUGGGAGAUACUAAGUGUACCACAUGCAAAGAUUUUAAGCUUUUAGAAGCUAUGUAGAUUCAUAUAGUUUAUAAAAUACAUAUCUCACU